GCCUGGAGCUGGGGAGUCUUCUCAGAGUGGAGCCUGGUAACCGCGACCUCCCCGCCAGUUCCUGUGUGUUGCUGGCUGGAAAGGGAUAGUUAACAAACUCCCACCCAGCACAGUAUUUAUGUCGGUCAAAAAUGGAAAACUAUGUCCGGGCGCGGCCGAGGUGGGAGGAUCCCUUCAGGCCAAGAGCAGCCUAGCAAUAUGGCGCAACCCCAUCUCUGUAGUCCAACCUCAGUCUCCCAGCUACUUGAACCCCAAGAUUCAAGGCUCCAAUGAGCUAUGAUCUCACCACAGCACUCCUGCCUGCGAGACUGAGAGACCAAAGACCAACGAACCACCACAGCCACCAGUUCCGGAACCUGCCAGUGAUGGGCAAUGGAAAGUGAGGGAGUUCAACUCUGAGUUUUGCUUUUGUUGUUCUGGCUGGAGCACAGUGGCGCAAUCUCGGCUCACCGCAACCUCCACCUCCCAGGUUCAAGCUAUUCUCCUGCCUCAACCUCCAGAGUAGCUGGGACUACAGGUGCGCACCACCACGUGCAGUAAAGGAAGAAUGGUAUGCCAGAAUCACUAAAUGAAGAAAGAUGGUGGAUCAGCUUUUCUGCAAAAAAAUUUGAUGGAGUCCAGGCCGGAGUGCAGUGGUGUGAUCUCGGCUCACUGCAACCUCUGCCUCCUGGGUUCAAGCAAUUCUCCUGCCUCAGCCUCCCUAGUAGCUGGGAUCACAGGUUCCUGAAAGGGAGAGAAGAAAUCUUAGAUUUGUCAUUGCUGGGAACCACUACAAGUAUUCAGGAAAUAUUCACUACUUCCAACCUCAUAAUCCUGCAGUCAUUUGGCACCUGUGAGUCAGGUGCCAGGAACUGGGCAGUGCAGAAGACAGUGCCCUGCCCCGUGCAUUCUGGAGCAUUCAAUCUGGUGGGGAAAUGUGUACUGAAGCCUGGGGGAGCACUGAAGCCAAGGCUCUACUGUACCAAAAAUUUGAAGGCCAUGCGAAUGAUCUGUAUGUGGAAGGACUAAAAGAAAACAUUCCUUUCAGAAGUCCCUCAUAGUAUGGAAUCCCAAGGCUGGAAAACAUCAUUCAAGUGGGCAAUCGAAUUAAAUUUCUUAUUAAAAGUAACUCUAGUUGGACUCCAUUGUGUCCAAGUCAACUUUCGUCCUCAUCCACAACUCCUCCACACAAGCCCUGAACACCUGUCUGUAUGGAGUUUUACUCUUGUUGCCCAUGCUGGAGUGCAAUGGUGUGAUCUUGGCUCACUGCAACCUCUGCCUCCCGGAUUCAAGUGAUUCUCCUUCCUCAGCCUCCAGAGUAGCUGGGAAUACAGCUCAAGCUCUUGGACUCACUGAGGCAGUAAAAGUACCAUAUUCUGUGUUUGAAUCAAACCCCGAGUUCCUGUAUGUAGAAGGCUUGCCAGACAGGAUUCCCUUUCCAAGACCUACAUGGUUUGGAAUUCCAUGACUUGAAAGGAUCAUCUGUGGAGUAAUAAAACCAAGUUUGUUGUUAAAAACUUCGCAGUCCCCAAAAAGACCAUGAAGCCCUGAGAGUAAUGGAAAGGUUCCUGACAUUGAGGUCGCUGGAAGCGUCAGCCGAGAUGUCUCACCCCACUCUCUAUGACGCAACAAGAAGCCCCUGGGGAGCGUUUCAGUCCCACUCUGUACUUCUGUCAUGUGCUCAUCACAGUCUGAACCACCUAAGCUGAAGAUUCCCUUGAGAACAAGGGCUAGCCUGUGAUUUCAUGACCUUUCUUCCAUUUGUGGUUCUUGUCAAUUGGAAUUUAAAUGACCUUUUAUCAAGAUGGAUAAACCCAAGUUUCCCAGUGCUGGAAUAUAGAAAAUGGAUGGAUAAGUAAGUCCCACUCAGCACCCAUAGCCCAGGCCUGGGGACCUCAACACACAGACAUCACCUUUCAUUCUGAAUCUACCACGAAAGACUUCAGAGUCCAGGAAGAGAGACUGACUGGGCAACAUCUUAUUCAGGGUCUUGCUCUAUUGUCCAGGCUGGAGUGUAGUGGUGCCAUCACAGCUGACUGCAGCCUCAACCUCCCAGGCUCAAGUGAUCCUCCCACCUCAGCCUCCUAAGUGGCUGAGACUAUAGGUGCUUGCUACUAUGCCCAACUAAUAUUUGGACUUUUCCUGUAUGUGGGUUCCAGAGGGCUGACUGUGAAACGUGAGUAUGUAUGGAUUUUGGUAUAUGCAGAGAUGGGGGGCUGGAACUGAUCCUCUCUGUAUACCAAGGGAUGACUGUAUAUGUUUUUACAAUUAUGCUGUAUGACACAUAUUGUUCCAUAGCCUUGAAAAUGAUAAUAAUUUUUAAUGAAAAUUAUUUUUAAUUGAGAGGAAUAAUAAUAAUAAAAGUAGCAGCUGGCCAGGUGUGGUGGCUGACACCAGUAAUCACAACACUUUGGGAGGCUGAGAUACGAGGAUGGCUUGAGGCCAAGAGUUUGAGACAGGCCUCAGAAACCAAAGGAGGCACCAUCCCUACAGAAAAGUACAUGAAUUAGCCUAGUGUGGUGGCAUGUUCCUGUAGUCCCAGCUACUUGGGAGGCUGCUGUGGGAGGAUCACUUGAGUCCAGGGAGGUUGAGACUGCAGUGAGUCAUGAUCAGGCCUCUGCACUCCAGCCUGAGUGACAGAGUGAGACCCUGUCUCAAAGAAACAAAAAAGUAGCAGCUAACAUUAACUGACCUUUUACCAGGUGCCUAUAAAUACCAUAAUAUAAUUCCUUCUAACUGUUUCUUAUUUCACUUAACCACUCUGUUUUCAAUUACUCCCAGAAUUCCACUGUGUUUAUGCAGAUGACCUUUUGUUUAGAUUGAAUUGUCUCCCCAAGGUAUUUCCAGAAGUAAGAUUACUGUAAGUCAUGGUGAAUGGGCAUUCUCAUUGCCCUCGAUGUAAAUUGACAAGGUUUUGGGUGCCUCCUGGCUAUAAUGCCAGCCCUUUGGAGGCUAAGACAGGAGGAUUGCUUGAGGCCAAGAGUUGGAGGAGGCAGUAAGGUGAGACCCUGUCUCUAUUAUUUUAAAAAUUUGCCAAGCUUUACCCUGGAAGACUUAUGUACAGUUUAAACACCCCUCAUAAUAUAAGAAAGUGUCCAUUUCACUGUACCUUUGCCAGCACAGGGUAUUAUAAUUUAAUAAGUUAUUUUUUGUUUGAUUAUUUUAAAUAGAUAAAAUACCUCAUAUUACUUGGUCACAUUUCAACAUCUUUCCUUAGCUGAUUAGCUCUAUUUCUUUUCUGUCUGUAAAUGGUUGUUGUUGUUUUGUUUGAGACAGGGUCUUGCUGUGUCACCCAGGCUUGACUGUGGUGGCAUAAUCAUGACUCACUGCAGCCUUGACCCGCCAGGCUCGAACUAUCCUCUCACUUCAGCUUUCUGAGUAGCUGGGACUACAAGUGUAUACCACCACUCUCAGCUAAUAUUUUUCUUUUUUUGGAUAGAGACAGGGUCUCCCUGUGUUGUCCAGGCCGAUCUCUACCUCCUGGCCUCAAGCAGUCCUCCCGUGUUGGCUUCUUAAAUUGCUGGAAUUUCAGGCAUGAGCCACCAUGCCUGGCCUGGGCUAGUCCUAUGUUCUCUAGAGUUCUCUUUACUUUGUGCUAGCCAAUCUCUCAUUAUGCUGUUCCCCUGUUAUAAUGAAUAAUUCUCUGUAUUAAAUUUUACCACUUUAAACUUUUGAGUGGUUUAUGUCUCCUGAUUGGACUCUAAUAUGCUAAGAAGGGUCCCUGGAGAUAGACUCACACAGAUGGGAUUUGGGCAUAGGUUUGGUUAUCCAAGGGGCCGUGCUGAGCUCCUUGCCAAUGGGAAAUGGGAUGCUGGUGAUUUCCAGGAAGUGACCUCACAAUGACUCAAGCUACCACUUACUGUUGAUUGUGAUGAAAUGCCAGCUGUGGCACAUGCCUUGGGAGCUACGUGGUUGCUGCGCUUGACCGCUAUGAAGACUGGUGUGGGAACAGUCCUUUUGGAUGUACUUCAGCAGGGGUCCCCAACCCCUGAGCCAUGUAGCUGUAAGGAGCCACACAGCAGGACGUGAGUGGUGUCGAGUGAGGGAAGCUGCAUCUGUAUUUACAGCCACUCCCCAUUGCUCACAUUCCCGCCUGAGCUCCGCCUUCUCUCAGAUCAGCAGCAGCAUUAGAUUCUCAUAGGCGCAUGCAUCCUAUGGAAACUGUGCAUGCGAGCAAUCUGGGUUGCGCUAUCCCUAUGAGAAUCUAAUACCUGAUUAUCUGUCAUUUUCUCCCAUCAAGUUCAGAUGGGACCAUCUUGUUGCAGGAAAAUAAGCUUAACAUGUCCACUGAUUCUACAUUAUGCUCCUGCCUCCCGGCAGCCUCUCCAGAUCCAGAACUUUCUCCAUUCGGCCUCUACGGGCCAAGCUCUUGGCUCACAAUGGCCUAUUUAGGCCCAUACCCUACCUCAUGGCAGUCUCCACAGAUGAGGCUACUGCCUCAUGGCAGCCUCCACAGGCCCAGCUCCAUCGUUACAAUGGCCUCUUUAGGCCCAGCUCCUGCCUCCCAGCCUUCUCUCCAGGCCCAGAACUUUCUCAAGUCAACCUCACAAGGCCCAGCUACUGCCUCUCAUCAGCCUCCCAAGGGCCAUCUUUUGCCUCACAGCCACCUUCCAACACUCAGCUCCUGUUUUACAGCCCAGCUGCUGCCUCCAGGUGGCCUCUACAGGCCGAGCUCUUUCUCCUGGCUGUGCCUGGAGGCCCAGCUCCUGCCUCACAACAACCUCUUUUGCCUCGACAGGCCCAGGUCCUGCCUCACACUAACCUCAUUAUGCCCAGCUCCUGCCUCACGGCGGCCUCUCCAGGCCCAGCUCCUGCCCCCGACGGGCUGUCCAGGCCCAAAACUUGCUCAAGUUGCCUCUUCAGGCACAGCUCCUGCCUAACACUGGCCUCUUUAGGCACAGCUCAUGCCUCUCGGUGGCCUCUCCAGGCCCAGCUCCUGCAUCCCGGUGGCUUCUCCAGACCGAGAACUUUCUCAAGUCCGCCAUUUCAGCCCAAACUCCUACCUCCCAUCAGCCUCUCC